UGCAUGUUUUCGACUCAUAGACGUUUUCGUAUUUUUCUUUUACUUUUUACACUAUCAAUACCUACCAUAUAUUUCCCCGACACUGCCCCUGGUACGAAUAUCUACGCCGGUACGAAUAUUGAGACAGCCGAUCGUGCGCGCACAUAACUCUCCCACCCAGAUCAGAAAUCGACGCCAUGGUGCUCGGCAAAAAGCGCGUAACCUACUAUUACGAUGAUGAAGUGGGCAACUACAACUACGGGUACGACCACUGCAUGAAGCCGUUCCGGAUCCGCAUGGCGCACAGCAUUAUCACGUCAUACGGGCUGGACAAGAAGAUGACCAUGAUCCGGCCGCCCCGAGCCACAGCACUCGACAUGACUCGCUUCCAUACAGACGACUAUAUUUCUUACUUGCAGCGCGUGUCGCCAGAGCUGGCCGAGCAGAUGCCCACGUACAACGAAUUGUUUUUGCCGCCUAUGGAUUGCCCGCCCUUCGACGGCGUCUACGAGUUUUGCUCGAUAUCAGCGGGCGGAUCGAUUGCCGGCGCGCAGCGGAUCAACCAUGGCGAGGCGGACAUUGUCAUCAACUGGGCCGGCGGCCUGCAUCACGCGAAGAAGGGCGAGGCCUCAGGAUUCUGCUAUGUCAACGAUAUUGUGCUGGCUAUUUUGGAGUUGCUAAAGUACCACCAGCGCGUGGUGUAUCUGGACAUUGAUGUGCAUCACGGUGACGGCGUCGAGGAGGCGUUCUACACAACGGACCGCGUCAUGUCGCAGGGCAAGUACUACGCCGUCAACGUACCACUGCGUGAGGGCAUUGACGACGAGACGUACGCGUUUGUGUUUCAGCGCGUAAUGCGCAAUGUCAUGGAGACCUACCGCCCCGGAGCCGUGGUGAUGCAGUGUGGCACAGACUCGCUCUCAGGAGACCGCCUGGGCUGCUUCAACCUCAGCAUGAAGGGCCAUGCGGCGUGCGUCGAGUUUAUGAAGUCGUUCGGGUACCGCUGUUCUACCUCGGUGCUGCUUGGUGAGCCGCUGAAUCCGAGCCUGCCGUACAACGACUACUACGAUUUUUACGGCCCCGAGUACCUUUUGGACGUGCCGGCCAGCAACAUGACCAACAUGAACACACGCGAGCAACUUGAGCGCAUAUGCAGGGACAUCAACGAGCACCUGCGCAACGUACCGCAUGCGCCGUCGGUGCAGAUGCAGGACCGAGGAUAUAGCGAUGCUGAGGAAGGCAAGGGAUCUAAGCAGCGCCGGAGAGGCCCAAGAGCCAAGAACACAGGCGAACGGGGCACGCACGCCGUAUCGGCGGGAGCAGAGGCUACGGAGGCUGUGGGAAACAACAGCAGCGGCAGCAACUACAGCGACUAGCGCGGACUGGUUUUUGAGUGGUUGCAAAUAGAGGUGAGGUCAACUUGGCCAUAUAGAGCUUGCUGCCGAGAUACAGCAAUGGCAAUGGCAAUGGGACUGGUGGUGUAGUAGCUGUCGUCUGCCUCUGUCUACUUAAACUCGGCCCAGGCCCCAAGUUCAAGUUCAAGAUGGCCUCGGUCCCUUUGGGCCAUUUGCACACAGCAGGGGGGGGUCAGACAAAAUGACAAUGCUCCCCACCCAGUGAUCGGGAGGAAGAGAAAAACAGUGCUCGUUUCAAGCGAGUGUCAAAAAAUGCGGCUUUGCUCAAUUUUGCUUUUUUUAAUAUUUUUACUCUCCCUUUUUCGUCGGUUUUACAAAUCCAUUUUUUUCUUGUUUCACCA